AUGGCUGCCGUCUCUCCCAAAACUGCCACCCCUCCCUCAUCCCACGAAGCCUUUGCCACAUUUUCACAGGAUAUUUCCCGUGCUAUUAUGACUGCCACAAGUCCAAAGUCAGCUAAACUGCAACAAAUGCCUCCUGCUCCUCCACCGUCACCAGUCGCAUUCGCUAUUGACAGUAACGGGAAGACAACUCGAGGAAAACAUGAAAAAGUCCCAAGUCUGAGUCUGGAGUGA